AUGCAACAUCAACAAAUACUACAGCUACUACUAAUAAUCAUACGAUACAAGAAGCCGAGAUUGGUUCUUCGGAGUAAGGCUUGGCAUCAGAACGCCAAUCCCACCCUAUCUUUCAAACGAAAUUUCCAAUCCAGUAAGCAAACGUCCUUCUUCACUACUUUCUCUGUUUUCCUACUGUUACUACUACUCUUCGCCUCUGCCUUCUCCUCCAUUUCUAGUUCUUUGUUUUUUUCCUCCCUCCAUCUUCCCAUUCUUAUAUACCACCAUCUCCACAUCUCAUGUGUUUUCUUUGCUUUUUUCUUGUUCCUCUUCGCUUUUGUUUCUUAUUGUUCCACACUUUUCUUUUCCUUCAUCUUCUCACACUCCUCCUUUAUUCGUUGCUUUUUUCUCUGGCAUUUUCUUCCGUAUCGUCAGCCAUUUUUCUCUCUUCUUCACGGUCUUCCUCUUCUCCAUCGUCUUUCUCUUUUAUACUGCUUUCUCAACUUUUGCCUUCUCAUCUACCUUCUUUCCUAUUUUUUCUUUCUUGCCUUCUCUCGCUUCUUAGGUUCCUUCUCUUUCUUUGGUCUUUCCUUCUCUACUACUUUCUUGACCCUUAUCUCCUCUGCCUCCUUUUCUUUCUUUCUCUUGUUCUUGUUCUUCUUUGAUUCCUUCUCUUUCUCUGUGUUAUUCUCUUUCUAUACUGCCUUCUUCUUUUAUGCUAUCGUCAUUGUCCUCUUUUUCUUCUACGUCGAUAUCUCAUCUUUUUUUCUGCUUUAA